AUGCAACCAUUUGAGCUAAAGGAACUAAUUAAAUUGAUUAAUACUAAAGAUGUCCAAAAAUGUAAGGAUUACAUUAACCAUUAUUUCUUCUGCAGUGGUGUCGAUAUAUUCUUUUACGAUGCCAUCGGUGGCGAAUUUUGUUUGUACAAGCUGUGCGAGGCACGCAAGAAAAUACCCAAAGACAUCCCCAAGGUUAGUUGGCGAGAUGACGAUGACCGCAAGCAUACUUGGGAUGCCUCCAAGUACCUUGGCUCAGUCGAUCAUCAGGCUAAACUUUACCGCCCCACAUGUCAUCUGGGCAAACCCUUGGUGUUUGAAGCACCGAAACUAGUGCAGGGGGAGACUAUGAUCGUAAACUACAUCAACUCAGUGAAACAGAGUCCCCUUGACCGGGAGAUGCAGAUCCCUCAAGAGGCUCAAGAGAAAGCAAGUAGAGGUUUGCAAUACAUUCUGGGGUUCAUCAAGGAUAUUAUUUGCGGUGGUUAUGCACAACAGGAUGAAUAUAUACUCAAUUGGCUUUCAUGUACCGCAGCAGGCGUCAAAGUACAAACUCACCUGCUCAUGGAAGGGGACGGCGGCGAAGGCAAAAGCUUGCUGUGUGAGCUUAUGAGAGAAAUAUUGGGGGCUCGCUAUUAUAGCACCAGUAAUGUCGAGGAAGUUUGCCAGUACACCAGUAAUUUCGAAGGGCGUUCCUUAAUUGUGUUGGAAGAGAUGCCGGUUUCAUCCAACAGCAGCAAGCGUGGUUUCACGGAUGCCCUUAAAAGUCUAACAACUGAAUCGGUUUUUGCGUGCCGACGAAUGCACAACCAGGCGUACCAGCAAAGUAAUACUUUUAACAUCAUCGUGAACAGUAACCAUUCUGCUGAGGAAUUAACCCAGACCAAUAAACGGCGAGCCGUUGCGUUUGACAUUAGUCGCAAGCGAGUGGGGGAUGUGGAGUACUAUAACCGCCUCCACAAAUAUAUAUGCGACAAAGAUGUUCAGUUGGCGUUCUAUCUGUUCCUGAUGAGCCGAUUUGAUGGCAUGCCCAAGGACUGGACGGGCAAUGAGGUGCCUAUGUCUAUUAAGCGCAGGGAAAAGCUAACUCGCUCCUUGCCGCCUAGCAUAAAGUUUUUGAUUGAGCACUAUGUUUUGCCCAAGCGAGACAUAGACAAUCUUCCGCGCAAGCAACUGCGUGAGGAAUUUAAAACCUUUUUCAAAGGACAUUAUGAUCAGGCUCAGUUUGGUCGAGAUAUGGCAAAGUGUGGCGUUACAAAAGGCACCAAGUUGGAAGGUGGUGUGCGUUGUCAGACUUAUCGUGCUGAAUGGCAAACCAUUGACUCCACGCUGAAGGAUCUUGGUAUCAUAUCAAAUUUUGAUGAAGAAUACGAAGAGCAUGAAGAAACUGAGGUACAGCGCUAUAAACGGUUUUUAGACGAGCGUGACCGGCGCAUCCAGGAACUAGAACAGGAAAUAGCAAAAUUAAAACAACAAAAGAAGCGAGUGGCAAAACCCAAACCCUUGCCCGAACCCGAAAUGGAAUUAGAAGUAGCGGAAAUAGAUUCGAGCGUCGAAGAAUCAUAUGACCCGGAAGAUUUCGAUGAGGUUCUUCCGGACCCCGAACCCAAACCCAAAUCCAAACCCAAGAAAAUUCAAGUCCAAAUCAAAGGAAAACCGGCAAAAGCCUUUACGAGUCCUGAGGAACGAUGCCUAGGUCGUAGCCAACAAUGGUUGGAGAGACACGACACAGAUAUCGUUCUGAAAUGUGAUGUGGCAGACUUAUUUGACUAA